AUGUCUCAACUCAGCGGAAACGAAAAAAAACUUGGCAGCAAAGAAAUCAUAAACCUUGAGCAAACCUAUGGUGCUCGCAACUAUCAUCCAUUGCCUAUGGUAUUUUCCAAGGCUGAAGGACCGUAUGUUUGGGACCCGGAAGGCAACAAAUAUAUGGACUUCUUAUGUGCCUACUCAGCUGUAAAUCAAGGACAUUGUCAUCCAAAAAUCGUCAAGGCUCUCUGUGACCAAGCUCAAAGACUUACUUUAAGUUCGAGGGCUUUUUAUAAUGAUGUGUUUGGGAAAUAUGCCAAAUACGUUACUGAGUAUUUUGGGUACGAAAUGGUUUUACCUAUGAAUACUGGUGCCGAGGCGGUCGAAACAGGUAUAAAGCUUGCAAGGAAAUGGGGGUAUCUCAAAAAGGGAAUACCCGAGGACAAAGCUAUUGUAAUCUCAUGCAGGAACAAUUUCCAUGGUAGGACGAUGACUGCAGUCUCUAUGUCAACUGAUUCAGAUUCACGUGUAGGCUUUGGACCUUAUGUACCCUGUGUAGGACCGGUUUGUCCUGUUACCAAAGAGGUCGUUGAAUAUAAUUCUAUUGAGGAUUUGAAAAAAGCUUUAGAAGCACACGGUCCACAUAUAGCUGCUUUUUUAGUGGAACCAAUUCAAGGUGAAGCUGGUAUUAAUGUUCCAGAUGAUGGAUAUCUGGGAAAAGUGCAUGAGUUAUGCAAGAAGCACAACGUUCUGCUGAUUGCAGAUGAAAUUCAAACAGGUUUAGCACGCACUGGUAAGAUGCUUUGUCAAGAACAUGAUGGAGUUCGAGCGGACAUUGUUUUACUUGGUAAAGCACUCUCAGGUGGCAUCUAUCCGGUAUCAGCAGUUCUUGCUGACAGGUAUAUUAUGUCGUGUAUCAAACCUGGAGAACAUGGUUCAACAUAUGGGGGAAAUCCACUAGGAUGUGCUGUUGCUAUUGCUGCACUUGAAGUAAUUAAGGAAGAGAAUCUCGUGGAGAGAGCGGCUGUUCUAGGAGAAAAAUUCCGUACAGCUCUCCGAAAUAUAAAUUCUCCAUUAAUUCAACUUGUUAGAGGCCGAGGUCUCUUAAAUGCCUUAGUGAUUGAUGAAAGUCAGUCUAAUAAGACUGCAUGGCAAUUGUGUUUGUUGCUCAAGUCACGAGGGUUAUUAGCGAAACCUACUCAUGUUAAUAUCAUUCGCCUCGCCCCCACGCUAAAUAUUUCCGAAGAAGAAUUAAUGCGAGGGGUUCAAAUCAUUGAACAGUCCUUGAAGGACGUUGUUAAUAUGAAAGCUGAAGAUAUUCCAGGAUUCCUGGAAGAUUUGAAACAAUCUCAACAUUAA